AUGGUCAAAAUCGCUGUUGCUGGUGGCUCGCAGGGCCUCGGGAGCGCCCUCGUGCAAGGUCUCGAAUCGCACGGCUCCCAUGAGGUCAGGAUUCUUAGCCGCAAAGCCCUUGACGGUGAUGCGCGGUACCUUGCUGUCGACUAUAGCAGCAUUGAGGAGUUGCAAACGGUGCUCGAGUCUAACAACAUCCAUACCGUCAUCUCAGCUCUAUCCAUGGAGAAUGGUGGUGGCCAGUCCCAAAUGAAUCUCAUCGAAGCGGCCGAGCGGUCCAAAUCCACCCGCAGAUUUAUGCCCAGUGAGUUCGGCAUUGUACAUAUCGCGGCCCUACCUUCGUGCCGCUGGAAGCUGAAGGCUAGCGAACGCCUCGCUAAUAGCUUGCUGGAGUACACGCUUUUCUCCAACGGCCUGUUCCUCGAUUAUCUUACUUCUCCCUUGGUCUCAACGCCCCUUGUCUAUUCCCUUCCUGUCUUCAUCGACCUUGAAAAUAACUUCGCCGCGCUACCGGGAGACGGUAAUGCCACUAUUUCAAUGGCUCAUACAAUCGAUAUUUCUCGCUAUGUCGCCGCUAUCCAGGAUUUGCCGAAAUGGGAGACACACUAUCACCUUAUUGGUGACCGUUUGUCCCUUAACGACGCCGUGAGAAUUGCCGAAGAAAUUAAAGGCACUACGUUUGAAAGGCACCAUGAUAGCGAGGAGGAACUACUCAAGAAUAGGUGUAUUCCAUUACCGAUAUAUAACAGCCUUUUGCCUGCUGGGAUGGAUUGGUCAUAUAUGAUCGGAAUGAUAGCUGCGACUGGUGUGAGAGUUAUCGAUCGCGAGAUGGAUUUGGAUACUGGCCUGGCUGUGAAUAGGCUCUUCCCAGACAUGCAGAGGCACACCGUCCGUGAUGCCGUACAGAUGUGGAACGAGGCUUCGGGAAAGAAAAAGUAA